AUGAUGCGGUCCACGUUGUGUGCUCUUCUGGACGUGGCGUUCGCAUGCAGGCACAGUCUCCCACUCCUUGUGACCGAGGUCUCAGAAAGGUUCGCGGCUUCCGAGGCGAUCGUGCCCAAGAGCUUGCCGAUGUGGAGUCAGAUACGGUGCUCGAAUGGAUCCAAGUGGUACACGUACGAAGAGAGGAUCCAAAAUCUGAACUACAUCCACAACUGCAAUGACGUCGAGGCUCUGUGGAUGCUUAGAAUAAAAAGAGCACCAUUUGCCAUGCUUGUCGAGACCUUCAGGAGCAGGGGGCUGUUACAAGAUAGCAUCAACACCAGUGUCGAAGAGCAAGUGGCCAUGUUCCUCCAUGUUGUUGGCCAUAACCAGAGGUUCAGGGUCAUUCACAACACGUUCAGGAGAUCAAUGGAGACCAUCUCUAGGUACUUCAAGCAGGUGUUUUAUGCUGUUGGGGAGCUUAGAGGAGAGAUGAUCAGGAGACCAUCUGGCCAGACUCCAUCCAAGAUUCGCGGAAGCCUAAGAUGGUAUCCAUACUUCAAGGAUUGCAUUGGGGCAGUAGAUGGUACUCAUGUCACUGCCAGAGUUCCUGGGUCACAGUCAGCAGCAUACAGGGGGAGGAAGCACUACAUAAGCCAGAAUGUGCUUGCUGCUGUUGACUUCGAUCUGAAGUUCACAUAUGUGCUGGCUGGCGGGGAGGGGUCAGCGCAUGAUGCUAACAUUCUCACUGACAGCAUGAGUCAACCUGAUGGUAUCAACAUCCCCGACGACAAGUUCUACCUUGGAGAUGCUGGAUAUGCAUGUCAGCCGGGUAUUCUUCCACCCUUCAGGAAAACAAGGUACCAUCUCAACGAGUUCUCUGGUAGGAACUAUCCUAGGACUGCACAGGAGCUGUUUAAUCUCAGACACUCCAGCCUUAGAGUAACUGUUGAGAGGGCAUUUGGAGCUCUGAAGAAUAGGUUUAAGAUCCUGGAUCAGAAGCCAUUCCACCCAUACUCCACUCUCAGGUUAAGCUAG